AUGAGUUGGUUUAGAAGAAAUAAACCAACGGAGGAAUCAUCUACAGCUGAUCCAAACACAACGCCUAGCAAGAAGAAUCGAGUUCAGGUCCCUUCUUCAUCACCAAUAACCAUCAACUCAUCACCAACUAAAGAGUCCACGAUUCAACAGCCAUCAUUGGCCUCAAAGUUAAUAAGCAAUGAAAAGGAGCGAGAAUUGGAAUUUAAAAGACAAAAGAUCAGACAGCAUAAAGAUUUCCCGUUGAUUCGGAAGAAGUUUAAUUACUUAUCUGAAAGUGAUAUAUUGAAGGCAUUUGUGAAAUGUAAGGGAAAUGCCAGAGACAUCAACAAGUAUUUGGAAACAAAUUUUGAUAGAAAUGAAUACUUGAGGAAAGAAAAUGAACAACGACAAAAGAUUAUCCAACAACAAGAAGAAAUGAGAGAAAAGAAUCGACAAUUGAGAUUCCAACAACUCGUUGAACAAACAAGUAAAAGCAGUACCCCAGAAGUUGAACGUGGCAUUAUCACUGAUGAUGUCAGUGGGUACGACGAGGAAGAUGAAUCUCCUGUCAAAAUCAAAAAAGGUAGAGCAACAGUUAAAAUAGACGACAUGUCACCAACAAAACCAAAUGCCCGUGAAUCUACCAAAGUCAGUAUCAAAAGUAAAAAAUCAAUUAGCGACAAAUAUAAUAGACAAUCUACAUUAGAUAAAUAUGCGAGACAAUUUAAACCAGAUCAAACUAGCAGAUUGGAAUCAUUACCGAAAAAGAGAAGAUUAGUGAGAUUGUCAAGCUUAGAGGAUUCAUCGACUCCAAGCUCAAGAUCGAUAUCACCAAUCCCUGCCCCUGUUGGAUUGGCAGCUAGAUUCAGUUAUAGAGAAUCCAAUACCCCAAAUCCACCUCUGGACCAACCUGACGUGAUAGAAAUUGGUGAUACCGAAGAGGAGGCAGAACCUGAGGAUGAAUUAGAAAUGUUAGAACGUAAAAUCUUAGAAAAUCGUAAAAAGAGGAGACAAAAUCAAGUUCAACAACCGAAACAAGAUAAACAGAAUCAAAGGAAACCAUCUAGUACCAAAGCGAUUAUUAACCUCAGUGAUGAUGAGAAUGAGGAUAUUGAAGAGUUACUAGAUGACGACGAAGAGGAUGGUGACAGUGAUUCAUUGGAUGAAGCUGAAGACGAUGAAAUGGAUACCGGAUACACCUCGAUAGACCAGAAAGUUUUGGAAUUUAUCAAUAGUGCUCCUAUCGAAGAUUUAUCAGAUAUUUGUGGAAUUGAACCAAGUGUAGCUGAAAUUGUGAUUUCACAAAGACCUUUCCAUUCGUUGGACGUUAUUGCCGAAAAUGAUUUCCCAUUGACCGAUGCAGAUGCUGCUAAAAGUAAGAGAAAGAAAAAGAAGUUGGGGUUGAAAAUGAUUGAGACAACGGAAGGCAAUCUCAAAGGAUACAAAGCAGUGGAUUCCUUGAUUAAGCAAUGUGCAGAAUAUGGGGAUAGGCUAACUGAACAGAUGAAAUCAUGGGGUGUGUCAUUAACCACUGAGCAAGGUGAAUUAGAUAUGGUCGAUUUGGACCCCAUUGAGGAACAAGAAGUUGUUGAUCUUGACAAGGAAGACGACGACUUUGAUGAAGACAUUAUAAUGGUUAAGAAAAGAUACUUGACAAUGAAAUAUAUCAAAGACAAACCGGCUUUGUUAGCAGACGACGUGACAUUGAAUAAUUACCAACAAGUGGGUAUCAACUGGCUUAAUCUUUUGUACCAAAACAAAUUGUCAUGUAUCUUGGCCGACGAGAUGGGUCUUGGUAAAACUUGUCAAGUCAUUGCAUUUAUGGCCCAUUUGAAGCAAGUUGGGGAACGAGGUCCUCAUUUGGUGGUAGUACCGGCAUCAACAAUUGAAAAUUGGCUACGUGAAUUCAACAAAUUUUGUCCUGACUUACUGGUUAGAGCGUAUUAUGGUAGUCAAGCAGAACGAGAAGAACUACGUUACGAAUUACUGAAUGAUGACGAAUUUGAAGUCUUGGUGACAACGUAUACAUUGGCAUGUGGUAGUCCUGCUGAUGCUAAAUUUUUGAAAAGCCAAAAUUUCAAUGUGAUAGUUUAUGAUGAAGGUCACUUGUUGAAAAAUUCAACUUCAGAAAGGUACAAUAAACUUAUGAGGCUAAAAGGUAAUUUUAGAUUAUUAUUGACAGGUACUCCAUUGCAGAAUAAUUUGAAAGAAUUAGUUUCGUUGUUAUCAUUUAUGUUACCACAGUUGUUUAAUGAAAAGAGGGAAGAAUUGUCUUCUAUUUUUAAUCAAAAAUCCGGGACUGUUACCAAAGAGAAUGAUCACAACCCAUUGUUGGCACAGCAGGCAAUCAAAAAUGCCAAAACCAUGAUGGCUCCAUUUGUCUUGAGGCGUCGUAAGGAUCAAGUUUUGCAGCAUUUACCACCGAAAAUCCUGCAAGUGGUGCAUUGCACAAUGACUAAAGACCAAAAAAGACUAUAUCUUGACCAUUUCAAUAAUGGGAAAUAUGUGAGUUCAGAAAGACAGAGAAGAAGAACGUUACCACCAGAAACAGUAGCUAAAUUAAAUAGAGAAGAUCCGAUACCGACAUCAUCCAAUGUCUUGAUGGAACUUCGUAAGGCAGCAUUACAUCCGUUGUUGUUCAGAGUGAUUUUUGACGACUCGAAAUUACAAGAAAUGAGUAAAGCAAUCAUGAUGGAGCCGGAAUAUGCCACGGCUAAUCAAACGUAUAUUUUUGAGGAUAUGCAAGUAAUGUCGGAUUUUGAAUUGGACCGUUUGUGCACCCAAUUCCCGAAAACAUUAAGCAAAUGGAAAUUAGGUGAUGAAAAGUUCUUGGACAGUGGUAAGGUUAUUGAAUUAGGCAAAAUUUUGCAACACAUCAUCGACAAUAAAGGAGAAAAAGUGUUGAUUUUUUCUUUGUUUACUCAAGUUUUAGAUAUUUUGGAGAGAGUAUUGUCAAUAUUCAAUUAUAAAUUUGCAAGACUAGACGGGAAUACUCCAGUUCAGGAAAGACAAGAUUUGAUUGAUCUUUUCAACCAAGAUGACAAAAUACAUAUCUUUUUAAUUUCCACUAAAGCUGGUGGUGUCGGUAUCAAUUUAGUAGCAGCCAACCAUGUCAUUAUGUUUGAUCAGUCAUUCAACCCACAUGAAGAUAAGCAAGCAGAGGAUCGUGCCCAUAGAGUUGGACAAACCAAAGAAGUGAAAGUUUAUCGAUUAAUUAGUGAUGAAACAAUUGAAAAGAAUAUUUUCUCAGUCGCUAGAAACAAAUUAGAGUUAGACGAAAAGAUUUCAACAUUAGAGUCAAUAGUUUAUAGUUGA